AUGUGGACAACUGUCCUCGAAACAACAGCAAUCUACACGGCCGCUAAUGUCCUCACGCACCAUGCUAGCAAGAACCUAUUGUGGGACGUGUUUGAAAACCCCGGGAUGAUGAAUUUCACCGCAGCCUUUGUGAAUUCUACGAUCCCGGUGAAUGCCCUUAACUAUACCGGAGAGGGUGCAUUCGGCAAUGAAGUCACCGACCGACUGAGGUUCGAGAAAGACCGUACGAAAAAAAGCAACGGAACAAGCGGACUGCCCUUCAGAGUUACUAUCACCAACGGUACAGCCCUAAAUGAGACCAUCUCGGCGGCGAAGGAACAGAAAGAGCCGUUUUAUACGAAGGAAUUGCCACUCGGUGUUUUUGCACAUUUUGUCAUGUGCACGCUGCAGUACGUAUGGCUCAUAUGGCUGGAGCGUGUUCUGCCUGCGCGGUCGCGACGACGCGACGUCAUCGUCAAAGAAAAAGGCGAGAUGAGUGAAGACCGCGAAGAGGAGGUGGUGAAGAAGUGGAUAGCGCAGGGACGUGUACGCCGCGCUUCGCUCAACUGGUGUAAUACUUUGUUGAAGUGGGUGCUGAGCCUGACGGUUGGGCGCGUGUGGUGGUUCGCGGUGUUGCAUAUCGUCCGCCGCUCUCUGAGACUGGAGUCGCCAAGGAAAAUUCGGGAGGACAUGCUGGGGGUCGUCGCAAUGAGCUUCGCGGGAUCCUUCAUCUCCAUCACUCCGUUGGCCGAGCUCAUCGCCUUCGUCGCCAUACCCGCGUAUAAGCAAACCGUGUUCGUGGCUGGUGCGGAUUUGGCAUUUCACAUCUUCUUUGUGACGGUGGUAAGAAAGUUGGCUAGUUGGGCGGUGCAGACCGAGUUCGCGCAGGGGCUCAUGCAGAAUGUGACAAAGAGUGUGGUCGACGGUAGGAACGAGGCAGAGAGAUACGCAAAGUUCAAGAACGAGCUGUGA